AUGGUGGUGGUGUUUGUGAUGGUAGUGCUUGUGAUGAUGAUGAUGAUGAGGUUGGUGCUUGAUGYGGUGAUGGAUCUUAUGAUGAAGAUGAUGAGGUUGGUGCUUGCUCUGAUGAUGGUGAUGAUGGAUCUUGUGAUGAUGAUGAUGGUGCUUGUGGUGAUGGUGGAGAUGAUGGUGCUUGUGAUGUUUGUACUUUUUGUGAUGAUGAGGUCUGUGGUGAUGAUGAUGAUGAUGAUGAUGGUGAUGACUAUUAACAAUCCUUUUACUGUGUUUUUCUACAAGUUUUCUGACGCCAUUCUUUUUGGUGCUCGAGUUCCCUGUCAUGCACAAGGAGUAACUGGUUAG